UCUGAAUGCUUUGAGAAGUUCUUAGAGUAUAAGGCAGUUGUGGAGACGCAGUUAGGAAAAAGUAUCAAGUCAUUACGAUCAGAUCGUGGUGGCGAAUAUCUCUCGAAUGAAUUUAGGAGCUACUUGACGGAUAAUGGGAUUACGUCCCAGCUGACUGUGCCUGGCACGCCUCAGCAGAAUGGCGUAGCAGAACGGAGUCUCAGGACUCUUAUGAAAAUGGUUAGGGAAAUGAUGAGUUAUAGUAGUUUACCAGAUUCGUUUUGGGGAUAUGCCCUAGAAACAGCAGUAUACAUUCUGAAUAGAGUACCUUCUAAAUCAGUACUGUCUACACCAUUGGAGUUGUGGUCUGGGCAUAAGCCUAGUCUAAGGCAUCUCAAGAUUUGGUGUAGUCCAGCACAUGUGCUGAGAACCGAUACUGAUAAGUUGGAACGGAGAACAGAAGUAGGGCUGUUUGUGGGAUAUCCUAAGGAAACGAAAUGUGGUCUAAAUUAUACAAGAUAUCAGAGUAAUCCAGGACUGGAACAUUGGUCUGAGCAUAUACUCAAGUACCUACGUAGGACUAAGGAGUACAUGUUGAUUUACCAGGCAGAUGAAUUGCUUCCGUUGGGUUACACCGAUUCUCACUUCCAGGCAGAUCAGGACGAAAGCAAGUCAACCUCAGGGUUUGUGUUUACUUUAGGAGGAGGAGCCAUAGUAUGGAGGAGUGUCAAGCAGAAAUGCGUGGCGGACUCAACCAUGGAGGCUGAGUAUGUAGCAGCCUCAGAGGCAGCGAAAGAAGCUGUCUGGCUCAGGAAUUUUCUCCUCGACCUUUAUGUGGUACCGAGUUUUCCCGCUGCAAUCACAGUGUUCUGUGAUAACAGCGGAGCAGUAGCAAAUUCGAAGGAGCCACAGACUCAUAAAGCGAGUAAACACAUAGAGCGCAAGUACCACCUGAUACGAGAAAUAGUUGGACGAGGAGAACUCGUUGUUGCCAAGAUACAAUCAGAGGACAACCUAGUAGAUCCUUUUACGAAGAGCCUACCGACGAAAGUCUUUACAAGACACGUAGAAGGAAUGGGA